UUUACUUGCUAUUAAUAAAAUAUUAAAAAACUGAAAUUUCUACAUCUUAAGCAAAUUAGUUGCCUAAAAUUUUAAAAAAUUCUUUACAGUUAUUUUUAAGGAAAAUAAUUUCCAAUUUGUUGUUGGCUAUUUUAUUAUGUCAAAUAAAACCUAUGAACUAGAUAAAAUAUGCCGCGUAUGUUUAGUGGAGAAAAAAGAUAUGCGUCCACUUUUUGGUGAACUUGUUGCAGAUAUGCUUAUGGAAAUUGCUAGAGUUGAAAUUGAAAAUACGGAUGGUUGGCCAGAUAAAAUUUGUAUUCAGUGUGUUCACCAGGUUUCUCGAUGUCAUGCAUUCAAAAUGCGUGUUGAAAAGUCUGAUGAAGAGCUUCGAAACUACAUAAAGAGUUUGACUGUUAUUAUGGAAGAUGUUGAAGAAGAGCACUUAACAGACAUAAACAGACAAACAAAUAUAUCAAAUGCUACAUCUUUAAAACAACAACAUGUAAUUCAACAAUCAAUUGAGCAAACUCUUACCACCCAGAGUACACAACGCGAAAUUCAGCAAAUAACAAGUACUACCUCGCCUUCGGUUUUACCGAUUACAUUAUCUGCACAGUCAUCACCAAGUUCAAGAUCAAUUGAUAUUCCAAACAAUGUUAGGACUAUUGACAUCGGAAACACUAUUCGUAACGUAGAACUUUCGAAUGUAACACGAACUGUUGAUUUGUCUACAACAUCUUUAAGAAAUAUGGACGUGGAUCCAUUGCAAUCACAACAAGUGGUGAUAUCUAAUGGUAAUAUACACAACGCCCAAAUAAUAGGUCAAAUUUGCGGACAGCCAAUCACACAAAUUGUUUUACAAAAUGGACAACCAGCUCAGUUAUUACAAAUACAACGAACUUCUGAUGAUAGAUGUGAGAUUAUCGUGCAACAGUCCAGCCUUCAAGACGAGGAGCAAUAUUUUGAGGAUGUGGUAGACUUAGAUCCAGAUGAAUUGGAACAUGCAGAGCAAAACAUAAUACAAAUCCCUGACGACGUGGAUGAAAUAGAACUUGAUGAAGAAGAAAAUGCAACACACAUUUCGCAUGAGGAAUUAACUUUUGAACUAGAACCUGAAAUAUCCGAAACUGAACCAGAAACAGAAAUUGAACAAGAACUUGAACUAGAACCGGAAGUUGAAAACGAUGAGGAGGAAGCCGAUCCACAAUAUAUUGCGGAGUUUAUUAAUUCUCAAAUAACAUGUCUUGGACCAGGACAGUAUGCAUGUAAUUUAUGUAGAAAAGAGUUUAAACAAGUAAAAUGGCUCCAAACGCAUAUGAAGUCCCAUUCAAAUUGGAUUAAGGCAAAUUGUAAAAAACAACCACAGUGUCAAAUAUGCGGCCGCAGUUUUAAGGGACCUGGAAUGCUCCGUAUGCAUAUGAAAACUCACGAGACUGUAGAGAAAAUUCCAACAUGUUCUAUAUGUGAAAAAACUUUUAAUUCAAAAACAAUUUUAUACCGCCACAGACAAACUCAUCAGCAGAAAUCAUAUCAAUGUGGAAACUGUUUAAAACAUUUUUCAUCUCCGUACACAUUGUCAUCGCAUAUGGUUAAAAAGCACACACAAGAGAACCCUAAGUUCCAGUGUUCACAGUGUGAAGAAUUAUUUGAUGCAAUUGGGAUUUUAAAGACACAUAUGCAACAAACUGGCCAUAGUAUACAUAUUUCUAAAACGGAUUAUAUAAAGGCUGGCUCAUCCUAGGUUUGAGAAAAAUUUUUGGUGCCCAGGAUAUAUUGAAAUCAAUAUAUAAAAACAGAUUUACAUUAAUAGAAUAACAUAUGUAAUUAGAAUAUAAAAAUAAAUAGAAAUUUAUUUUAGUUAAAUUUUAUUUCUAGAAAUUUAUGAAAAUAACAUGUAAAUAUAAUAAAAAACCGAAAUUAAUAUAUUUUUUUUAUCAGCCCAA